AUGAAUAUUACUGCUAAAGGGCCAGGCCUCUUGGCUGUACAGCGACAUGCUCAUAGUGUACAGCACUGUGCUGAUAGACCUACAAUGUCAUGUUUACAUACAGGUACAACCUACAGUGAUGGCCAGACGGCCCUCAGCGAUGGCCAGACGGCCCGCAGCGAUGGCCUGACGGCCCGCAGCGAUGGCCUGACGGCCCGCAGCGAUGGCCUGACGGCCCGCAGCGAUGGCCUGACGGACCGCAGCGAUGGCCUGACGGACCGCAGCGAUGGCCUGACGGACCGCAGCGAUGGCCUGACGGACCGCAGCGAUGGCCUGACGGACCGCAGCGAUGGCCUGACGGACCGCAGCGAUGGCCUGACGGACCGCAGCGAUGGCCUGACGGACCGCAGCGAUGGCCUGACGGACCGCAGCGAUGGCCUGACAGACCGCAGCGAUGGCCUGACGGACCGCAGCGAUGGCCUGACGGACCGCAGCGAUGGCCUGACAGCCUGCAGCGAUGAGCUGAUAGCCAGGUAA